AUGAUUCACUCGUUUCCCACGCCCUCCGUGCAUUUGAUCCACCCAACGAUAGCGACGUCUGGUGCUGGCGCUCUUGUGGCGCGUCCGCCCCUGAAGAGGGAGCGCGACGAACCUGCCCAUGACCUUGCGCCAGCUGCCAAGCGCCCCAAGUCGUCCGAGACCGAGGACGCUACCGCGAACGACGCCAAGAUUAGCGAUGCCGAAGCUGCCGAAAGCCGACAGGAGAAGGUGCACGACUUGAUUCAGUUCCAGUUUGGUCUGGAGAUCCUCCACAAGCAUGACGAGCUGCGGUUGAUUGACCAGGAGCUUGCCAAGCAUUACGCCAAGUGGCUCAUCCCCGACCCCAUGUUUGAUGGUAUGCUGCCUAACUGGCAGUCGCCUUAUGACAUGCGCAACGCGAGGGUGAGCGCUGAGGGUCGCACAACGAGGAACAGCGCAGGCGACGUGUCCGUUGGAAGCAAGCAGCGACCGGUACGCGGCAACGCGGGCCAAAAGCUGCAGUCGCUCAUGGGUGGCUAUCCUGCCCCCAAGGACAAGAACGGCCCUUGCACACUGAAGCGUCAAUCUGACGGCCAAAUCGUCAAGCUCGUCUGCCUCGACUGUCAUCGCGAGAACUUUCUCAGCAUCCAGGGCUUCAUCAACCACUGUCGCAUUGCUCACCGUCGUGAUUUCAAGAGCCAUGAGGAGGCCGCUAUCCACAGCGGACACCCCAUCGAGUCCAACGACAACGCCAAGACGCCCGCAGCGGCGAAGCCUGUUGUGGAGGAGCAGCCCAAACAGGUCAUCUCACCCGUUGUGCCUUCAGCCACCGUUGUGCCGCCGCCGCCCUCUGGCCUCGUUCAUCCUUAUGCGCAAACCGAUAUGUCGCGGCAAGAAGCCUUCACCAACCUUCAGCUCAGGAUUCAGGAGUCGCUUCGGCUCUACAAGCAAGGCAAGCACCCCAACGCCGUAGACAUCCCUGUGGCCGCCAAACCCGCCGCCUCGAGCGGAAAGCUUGUGCCGGCAUCGGAUGCACCUUAUUUGUCCCGCCUCAUGAAGGCCCGGCAGUUCACUGGCGAUCUUCAGCAGCUUGUCAGCGACGCCAAAACCGACAUCUUUGAUGACGACCUGUCUUCUCCUGGCUAUGACAUGGAUGAGAGCGAGACACCCACGUCUGCGAGCCCCGUCUCUACGCCUCAGGUCCUGCGCAUGCCCGCUGUCACGAGGCCCACCAGCAAGAUUGGUCCUGCAUCCAUGCUCCCUCUGGCGACUCCUACAUCAAGGAAGCCUGGUGAGCAGCCAGACGUCGUCAUCAUCCGAGACGAUGAUGAUGACAUGGACAUGGACGCAGAUCUCAGCCCGAACACCUCGGCGAGUAACAAUGCUCCGUCCCUCGUUAGCGACGACGGCGAGUACGACGAGUCUGAUGACGGGUCCUCGGAAUCCGGUGCUAGCGACAACAUGGAGGCCGAGUCACUGUCUGAUGUCGCUGAUAUCGCCAUGGACGACGACGCGCCGAGGUCGCUGCGCCACCACGGCGAGUCGGGCGCUUCCGCUGUCCAAAUUCGCAAGGAGAACAAGAAGGAAGUCACCCUUGUCAGCCCCGUCAAGAAUAACAACGACCGCAGAGGAGCGCGCAACGUCUAG